AUGAAGGAUUACGUGGAAGCCAUUGCGGCAAUGUGGGAGCAGAUCGGAUUGGAAACCGAAAUCAGGGAAAUGGAGUUUUCAGCUUGGCGGGAAGAGUAUCGUGGCGCGACCACCACGUGUUGUGUUUACCCGUUCCGCGGAUAUGCAGAACCGCCUCAUCCGACCGUCCACUUUGCUUAUAGCCCUGAGCGGUUUAUGCGCUUCUACGUUAGUGAUACCGCUUGGCAAAACACUUACAACGCACUGAAUUCGCUGAACUUCGAAGAGCAGCUGGGCCACUGGCACGCUGUAACCGACGAGUUGUUCUACGACGUGGUGAGUAUUCCUUUGCACACGCUUUCGGUUCAGGUAGUCAUCGACCCCGAGGUCGUCGCGGAGUACGCCUAUCUCGGGCCUUAUGGCGGCCAAUUCACCGACCUGGAACAUAUCAGGGGAGUGCGCUACUAA